GAGACAUUUUCAUACACCAUGUUAUAGACGCCUCUCUUCCUCCUCCUCCUCCUCCUCCUCCUCCCCAUCUCCUCCUACACCUAUGGAGGAUGCUUUCCGCCCUCGGGGGCCUCCUCUUCCUGCGCUCCCAUUGGCCCCCCGGCGAGCCUCUGCCGCGGUGACGUCAGGCCCCGCCGCCCCUGCAGCGCUGAAUGGAACGAGCAGCUUGGCUCAUCCACUCCAAAACAGCUCGGCACGGCGCGGCACGGACACCAUCCCGGGAAUAGCGAGAGAGCAGGGGGGACGGAGGCUUGACGGGACAGUGAGGAGAGAGGCCUCAGCAUCAGCACCACCACCACCACCAUCAUCAUCAUACUUUUUUUCUUCCACGAGACAGGACAGGGGUGUGCGCCCACCGUGUUGCGGGUGUAUGUGCGUGCGUUUGUCUCCCGGUUUGGAUCACGAUGAUGCAAAGUGCGGCGGUCCUACCGACAGAGAGUCCUGUGAAGAGUUUACCGGAGAUUCUCGGAGUGCCACUGCAACGCGUUUCGGAACAAAAUGUGCAUCAUGCCAACAGGGGAUCCCUCCGACGCAGGUGGUGCGGAAGGCGCAGGACUUUGUGUAUCACCUGCACUGCUUCGCCUGCAUCAUGUGCAGCCGGCAGCUGGCCACCGGGGACGAGUUUUACCUCAUGGAGGACGGGAGGCUGGUGUGCAAGGUGGAUUAUGAAACAGCAAAGCAAAACGACGACUCGGAGGCGGGGACCAAGCGACCGAGGACCACCAUCACCGCUAAACAGCUGGAGACCCUCAAAAGUGCCUACAAAAACUCGCCGAAGCCAGCACGCCACGUCAGAGAGCAGCUUUCCUCAGAGACGGGACUAGACAUGAGAGUGGUGCAGGUUUGGUUCCAGAACCGACGAGCAAAGGAGAAGCGCCUGAAGAAAGACGCAGGUCGACAUCGCUGGAGUCAGUUUUAUAAAAGUGUCAAACGCAGCCGAGGAGGAGCCAAAGUGGAGAAGGAGAGCUCGGCUGACGACGCAGGCCUCAGUGACAGCGAGCUGAGCUUCAGAGAAGACCAGGUCCUGUCCGAUCUCGGCCACACCAACGGGCUUUACGGGAGCGUCGGCGACAUGACCAGCAGCGCGGUGCUGAACGGGGGCUUCUCUGUGGACGCGGCGGGCCAGCCUUACCACGACAUCCGAGCAGGGAGCCCGUACGGACUCCCUCAGUCGCCCUCCUCCAUCACCUCUCUGUCCGGCCACACCCCUCUCCUCAACAACCUGGGCUUCAACAUGGACAGUCUGGUGGCGCAGGGGGGCGCCGGCGGGGUGGGACAGGCUCUGAGGGCCAUGGCAGGGGGCCCCACCUCGGACCUCUCGACGGGCAGCAGUACGGGAUACCCUGACUUCCCCACCAGCCCCGCCUCGUGGCUGGACGAGAUGGACCAUUCCCAGUUUUGAGUCUCGAACACGGGCAGAAAACGAAACAGACUCACGAGGCUUUUUUUUACAUUUCUUUCUUUCACCCUCCAAGACUAAUGUGAUGCUGGGUGAAGAGCAGAAGGAAGAGAAGAAGUGUGACUCUCAGUCCCUCCUCAGUGAGGUGCGGCAGCCCGGGUCCAGAUGUGUAGUCCAGAGAAAAGCAGCGAGGAACUCCGCCGCACCGCUGAAUGUUCAGUCUCAACACUGUGUCAUACGACGUUCGUUAUCACCUGACUUUAUUUUGUUCUUUCACUCUCUGAAAAUGAGAAUGGAUUUCCAAUAUGUCGGUGGAAUUACGCUCACAGGGGAGGUAAUAUUGUCUCGUCCUCCCCCAAAAUAACUCACCCCCAACUCUAACAGCUACAACAUUAGGGCUAAAUCUCGAUCACAGGCCCUUCGAGACCCAGGAGGCACCUGCAUGCUUCUGAUUCCCGAGUAGGACUGCUGUCCGGCCAUAUCGAAGCCUUUACAUUGGCGAUGCACUUUAUUCUCCUCUUCUUUUUCUACACACGUGGACAGGAAUGCAGAGGAAAAAGAGAGAAACAGGGGGAGAGACAUAUGCACAAGGCAAAAACACAGUGUUUCAUUGGGUGAGAAAAUUUACAAGAACAGUGGCACAAGUGUGAAUUUUGAACCAUGCUGAUGUUUUUUAAUGUAUUGCUGAAGCUUACACGUUAUUAGGAAGUAGAUGGUCUGUGCGUCUGUCCGUCCGUCCGUCCAUAGAAGCUGAUGUCUCCUCUGUUUGAGGACGUACACUGUUUGCUACACAGCAGGUCUCUCGUCUAUAUUUAUAGGUGCUUGACUUGUUCUCGUCUGUGUAAAAGCUGUCUGAGAGCGGACGUCUGUCAGUAUUAAAUUAUCCUGUUUCCAGACUCACCAGGAAUCAAAGCUCGUGUGCUGGAUGGAGGACAGUCAAGGCGUUUAGGGGUCUGGAGAAAAUUCUAGUAAUAUAUCACACAUCUAAAUUAUUAAUUUAUUCUUUUUGAAUGCACAGACAAAACGACAAGGAGACACACGCGAGUGAGUCAUUAGCAGAUAUUAUUGAACGAAUGAAAUGGUUACACACACAUGUAAAAGAUCUAUUCGACGAAGCACCAACAAGUAUUGGCAGGAAGGAAAUUCUCUGUGUUCGCUCUUCUGUUUGGUCAAUUGGACUCCGGCUUCUCUUGCUAAUCUACUCUAGUGCAGCAGAGCUCUAGCUUUGCCUGCUAUCAACCUACUUACUGACUCCAGAUGUGUUGUCAGCCUGUUCAGUUCUCCCGCCGCCUGGCCUCCAUGUCAGAGGGAUUACCCCCAACCACCCCCACCCCCACCCUCAAAGCGCUGACACUCUCCUGUCACAUCAGUCCUCAGCGUCUGCUCGGCUCAUGUGUUCUCUUACACUUCGAGCCACAUCAGCUGCAUCUUAAAGUUCCGUGAAACACAGGACAGAUGGUCAAAGAGUGGAUCCGGUUCCUGAUGCUCCUGAAUCACACAUUUUAUUUGAGCCAUAAGAGGAAACGGUCUGAUCUGACCUGGUGGCCAUUUAAAAACCAGGGGUUAUUUUGAUCUGAGGGGAGGUUUGCUUAAAAAAAACCUCUUCAAUCUUCAACCCUGUUUCUGUUUCUCUGUUGAUGAUGAGAAAUCUAAAUCGGUUAGGUCACCUUUUCCUGAAUAAUUGCCAAGUCCUUUUUUUUUUCUACCAGAGAGUCCGAUUUGAGAGCCAGAAAGCAAAUCAACAAACAGAAAGCAACACCACCGAGACAAUUUUGAAAACUGGCCACAAUUUACAUUGUGAUUAUCGAAUGAGUACAUGGUAUCAAUGAGAGACUUAAACUUACUGUGUAGCUACACUUUUGAGGUAAUAUGUAAGUACAGGGGAAGAAGAUGGAGUCUGGGAAUAAAAGAUACAAACUUUGCCUAAAGAUUACUUAAAUUACUAUACAGUAAUUAUGGAAUUUAUUUAAUGUAGUGUCUGUUUCAAAAAGUGAGGAGUAGAGAAAUGUUACUACAAAUUAACAAAGUUAGACAAAUUGGAAAAGAGUGUUAAUAUUUUAUAUAUUUGACAUUGGUUAUGGUAUUAUUUAUUUUAAAAGGACUUCUAAUUGAAAUACAUUUGGGAAAUAACAGAAGUUUUAAUGUACGAACUGCAGUGUACAUUAUUGUUGCUGCUGGGUAUCAAACCAACCAUCUUUGUUUUUCAAGACUUAACUGUAUGGAAUCUGAUAAUUUAAUAUAUCCCAGGAAUUUUUUUAACCCACUGCACAUACCAGUAGACACCCAGUAAGUGUUUCAUCGGUACCAUGUAUGUGAAUAACAUAUUAACAGUGUAAAUUUCGGGCUUUAAUUGAUGGUGUUGAAUGAAAAUCCUGUACAAACCCAUUGCCACUGCAGUUUUGUUACGUCUGUGUUGCCUCAGAAGUUUGCAUCUUAAUUGUUGUAAAUUUUGUACAGUUUGAAAAACGUGUUGAUCGUCUUGUUUCAUGAACGCUAUUUAUUAUUGCCAUGUGUCUUUGAAAAAGAUGUAAAAGAGAGCACUGAAUUUAUUCAUUUAUGCCUUCUGUGUAAUGGUAUGAACUGUGUACAGUCAAAUCUAUAUGAGGAAAAUAAAGCUGAAUUGUCUUUGGGUUA